AUGUCGGCGAAAGAAAACGAGAUGCGCAAGCAAGCCGUUUUCUGGGCUAGUGGUAGAAAUAAUAAGUGGGCAGACUUCCACCGGAUCGUCAAGGACAAACUUUCCAAGCCAGAUUUUACGCGCGUUCAAAUAUCUGAGAAGGUCCGAAGUUUGAACAAAAAGUAUAAGACUAACUGGCAAAGAGGUCGCGUCCCCGACGACCCUCAUGAAUUGGUUGUGUAUGAGUUGUCCAAGCCGUUGUGGGAAGAUGAGAUGAAUCAAGAAAGUGGUAAGGGGAUGAAGAAGAAUAAAAAGAGCGGCUUGUGGGAAGAUGAGAUGAAUCAAGAAAGUGGUAAGGGGAUGAAGAAGAAUAAAAAGAGUGGCUUGUGGGAAGAUGAGAUGAAUCAAGAAAGUGGUAAGGGGAUGAAGAAGAAUAAAAAGAGGAAACGCGAGAGAAAUCCAACAUUGGAUGAAUUUAGGUCUUCCUAUCCAAAUUUAUAUGCGUCGUUCAAUAUGUUUGGAUUUCCUCCCAAAAUUGCCCGGGAGAGAUUUGUAUUGAUUGGGAGAGAGAAGGCACAAAAGCUUGAAAAUGAGUGGAAGCAACUCACUGAAGAAUUGCAUUGUUUAGAGGGUAAAAGGCUUGCCCUCUCAACGAAACCAACAGGCGACAAUUCAGAGGAAGGUUAAGUGAGGAGUAGAAGCGGAGGCUGCGAAAAAGAAGACUGAGAAGAUGAAGUUAUUUGAUUUUGCAAGUUAAUAUAUAGAACUUGGGUUAAUUGAUUUUAGUUCUUGGUGAUACUGAUUUUAUUACACUUUUUUAUGCAACUUUUUUGGUAAACUUUGAUGAACGAUUCUAUAGAGUA